CGACGAAUACUUGAACAUUUUCAAGAAGACGUCAAUUGGGCAUUUACUUAAUAUGGAGCCGACCAGCUUAAGUGGUGCAAUUGUCAACUCUUUGUUGCGAAGAGUGGUUGAGCCUCUUGUAGGAGACGAUCCAGAUUCUAUGUACUUUUGCAUCGGAGGUAAAGUUGUUAAAUAUGGAAUGUGGGAGUCUGCACUGGUGACGGGUUUGAGUUUUAAAGGAAGUGAUGUCAUUCAUCCUCGUGGCUGUGCUGGAUCAGAGCUGAUUAGUAUGUAUUUCCCUGGGCAGAUAAGUAUCAAGUUGGAAGAGUUGUCUAGAAUGUUUAAUUCGGUUGAGCAGUCGAUGAAUAAAGUGAAACUCGGACUGGUUCUGUUAGUCCAAGGUGUCUUAAUGGGCACCGAAUAUACAAAAGAUGUAAAACUUGCAUACUUCCACAUGGUGGAAAACAUCAAGGAGUUCAACAAAUUCCCAUGGGGAAAGCUGUGCCACCGGAGGAUGUUGAAAUGUUUUAGAACUGUUGUCAGUGGGAAAAAUGAAAUGGAGCAAAUCCGAAAAAGUAGGACUAACCUAAAAGGCACGGCAGCUAUUGCUGGGCAUGAGAGCUUUAAAUCUUCAUACCACUUAUAUGGAUUCCCAUACGCAUUUCAGGUCUGGGCCUUCGAAAGCAUUCCACUACUACGAAAGCGUUUUGCAAAUAAAUUAAAAUCCAAACAGUUGCCACGCGUGUUGCAUUAUCAUUGUACGACUCCAAAGUCUUCUGCAGUUGAAAGUAUAUUGACAUCUAAGAAGUUUGAAGUCCUUGCUUGCAUAGAACCCACAGAGGAGGAGAUGGCGUCAAAACACAUGGGCUCUGUCCUCCUGAUGUCUGUUGACUUAUCAGAAUCAGAGGAUGAUGAUGAAGAUAAAUCCGAGGAGAUAAAGAUAUUGAGCAAAAUGCAAUCUGCAAAUGAAGACUGGGAGGCAGUUAAGGAUAAAGAUGAUGGAGCAGAAACACAAGCACCCCAAUCCCGUUCUAACCAGGAUUCCCAGCUAUUGAGAGAGGUAUUUACACAGGUUAAGGAACUCACGUCAAAGGUUUCCAGAAUGGACGAACAUAUGUCAAAACUUAAAGAUAAUGACAACCACAAUUGCCAGGCUUCUAUAAACAUGGUUAAGGAACUCACAUCAAAGGUUUCCAGAAUGGACAAAGAGAUGUCAAAACUUAAGGAUGGUCACAACUGCAAUAACCAGGCUUCUAUAGAGAUGCUGGAGGUUAUAGAUGAAGAUGAGAGGCUUAAAGGCCUUGCGAAUGACUUGGGUGAGGAGGUGUAUGAGGCCAUCAUAACUGUUCUUUCGGAGAUGAAUGACUACAGUCCGAGCGGAAGGUAUAGUGUUCCUGAAUGGCGGAGCUUUAGGAAUGGUGGAAUGGAGAUAUUGAAAGAAGUUGCUUCACUUACGCUGGAACAGUGGAGGAACCUUAAGAAAAGAUUUGAAAAUGAUAAAGAAAUCAAGAGUCUGGAAACGAAAAUGAAAGAAAUGGAGUACGAGAAUAAGAAUUUGAUGUAUCAGAAUGAUGAGCUACGUAAACAUUAUAAUGAAGAAAUAAAUAAGAUGCGACGGGACCAUAAGAAUCAUUUGGAAAGGAUCAAUAGGGAGCAUGAGGAUCUUAAGUCGGAAAUGGAAUCGCAAAGGAAAGAGAGGGAGGUACCCGAAAUGGUAUUGCGGAUUCCUGCAGAGAAAAAGAGAAUAGAAGAGGAUCUUCUCAAGGAAAAAGAGAUGAGUGAGAAAUUGGAAAAAACGGAAAGACAACAUGAAUAUCUUGAAGAUCUGAACCAAAUUCUUAUUGCCAAGGAGCGGAAAAGCAACGAUGAGCUGCAGGAAGCUCGUAACGAACUGACCAGGGAACUAAAAGAAAUGUCUAGUCGUGCUUUUAUCGGGGUUAAGAGAAUGGGAGAGCUUGAAAUGAAACCAUUUUAUGAUAUGUGCAAAAGGAAAUAUCAUAGUGACGAAGCAUAUGUGAAAGCCGUAGAGAUCUGCACCUUCUGGGAAGCAUGUCUCAGAGACCCACAUUGGCAUCCUUUUAAAAUCAUUGAAGUUGGGAAUACCUAUGAGGAGACAAUAAAUGAAGACGAUGAGAAGCUGAGAGGCCUUAGAAAUGAGUUUGGCGAGGAAGUAUACAGGGCUGUCACAACCGCCAUCAUGGAGAUGAAUGAGUACAAUGCAAGUGGGAGGUUUGUUGUUUCAGAACUUUGGAACUUCAGGGAGAGGAGAAAGGCGUCGUUGAAGGAAGUAGUAUCUCAUCUACUGAAACAGGUGAAGACCCUCAAGCGGAAGAGGACCUGAUGUUUGUAUGAAUGAUUUCCUAUCAAAUUGUUAUAGGUAUAUACUCCAAACCCACAGAAGAACAUGGUGCUGAAAUUGGAUGUAAAUGUAGUGAAACUUGAAGUUGGUGCAAGAGGCAUAUUUGAUGAGGAUUGUAUACAUCAAUCUCGUAUGGAUAUCCUCAAGGCCAUAAUGUUAUUCUCUGCCCAUACUGCUCUCGCUUUUUUGUAUCUUUAGCGGGAGGUCUGUAUGUUGUUUAGCAAAGGCAGCAGUUACCAACUUUUUGUUAUAGUUAUGGUCAUAAUAUUUCGAAAUAUAUCACAGAGUUGUAAGUUUAUGUUUUAGAGCAGGGAAUGUGGCUAACACACUAGUGGUUUGUUUUAUUAGAUUCAUCUUU